UUUCCUCCUCUUCAUUACGUAUAGGUCACCAUGUUUGAUUUAGGUUGGCGACUGUUUUCUAUCACUGCGGUUUUGGCAAUUGUCAAAGUGAAGCAUGCCAUUGCUCUUCAAAAUAUAUGCCGUACGUCAUUUCAGCGAGAUAUGGCAUAUGAUCUGAUAGUUCCGAACGAUGAUAAUUUCUACAUUGAUAGCUUUACAGGACUUGAUAAGAUUCGAUGCUGUCAAAACUGCCACCAUGAUCGACCGAAUUGUUUAGGAUUUUUGUACAAUAGACACCAAACGAAAUGUAGAUUGCUCAAGCGUUACUUGAAUGCGGACAAUAAAGAUGGCCAUAUCAUUAAUGAUGAGUGGGAAUAUUUCAGAAUUACAGGAGUUUGCGAUGAGUCAUGGCAGCCUUUCAAUGGACAUUGUUACUUUUACAUUGGACUUUCUUUGACGUGGCAAGCUGCACAGGAGCAUUGUCAAUCCCUUGGUAGUCAUCUUGUUGAUAUCAGAAGCCCGGAUGAAGAAAACUGGAUAAAAGACAUCACCUCUUCAACCAUAUGGAUAGGCGGAAAUGACAUAGAAAAUGAGGGCCAGUUCCUCUGGAGUUGGGACAAGUCUGCAUUGGUGUACUCAAACUGGUUUAAAGGGGAACCAAAUAACCAUAAUAAUGAAGAUUGCAUGGUAUUGACGAGUUCCGGCUGGAAUGAUGAAAAGUGUUCAAAGUCCUUCAAGUUUCUGUGCAAGAAAUAUAUGUAGAAGUAGCAUUUUGUGUUUCAGAUUUAUAUGUCUUUCAAUAUCAGAUAAUAUUGAUAGGUAGUACUGGACGUGUAAAUAUUUCUUUUGUCUCAGAUUGUACUAUUUUGACUAGCUUAUUGUGUGAAGAGAAACAAAGAAUAUAUCUAUUUCAACGUAUAUAUCCUGUCUUUUAAUUAUUUCAAUCAUGAAUUCAAUAAUAUCUUUAAAGGCGAAUGGA